AUGCCCAAGAGGGCGAACACACCUCCAAGGGCCAACACGGCUAAGUCGUGCCGAUUCCAUCAAAACCGAGGCCACUCGACAGAAGAAUGCUCAGCGUUAAAGGACAAACUUGAAGACCUCAUCAAGCAAGGUCAUCUCGGAAAAUUUGUGACACCACAAGAUCACCAAACAAGAGGGAGAGAUCAGCGCCCUCGAGAAACACCGCCGACCAGAACCCGAUACCACAGAUCUCGAUCAACCAAGAGGAGAGAUCGCACACGAGGUUCCCGAGAAGACGACAGUCGGCUGAGGAAGAUAAUAAACACAAUAGCCGGAGGCUUCGCUGGGGGAGGUUCCACAUCUUCCGCCCGAAAAAGACAUCUUCGUGCGAUACGAUCGGUAAAUAGUGUGAAUCAGCCGAGAACACCGAGGAUGCCACCAAUCACCUUCUCCGACCGAGAUUUCCGAGGCGUCGAUCCCGUCCAAGAUGACCCCAUGGUGAUUUCCGUGGAAAUGCACAAUUGCAUUGUGAAGAAAACAUUGGUCGAUCAAGGGAGCUCGGCCGACAUCCUAUACUGGAACACAUUUAAGCAACUCGGGAUCCCGGAAGAAAGCCUGGAACCAUACCACGAGCCUUUAGUAGGAUUCUCAGGCGAAAGAGUAAUGACGAGAGGAUGCAUCGACUUGUACACUCGCUUCGGUUUCGACCAAAAGUCCUCAAGAGAGAUUAAAAUCCGGUACAUCGUGGUGCAUGCGAACACAUCGUACAACAUCCUACUAGGCCGACCCUCAAUCAAUGCAUUAGGAGCAAUUGUCUCAACCCCUCACUUAUGCAUGAAAUUCCCGUCGAGAGAGGGACAGGUAAUCACUGUGCAUGCCGACCAGAAAAUGGAAAGGGAGUGCUACCUCUCUAGCUUGAGGGUGCAGCCCAUCUCCGACCCCUCGACGAUGACAAAAGGUGUGAACGCGGUCAAACAAGAGAUAACCGACAGCAUCGACCUCGACCCUCGGUUGGGGGAAGAAGAACGGAUCGAAGCCGCCGAAGACCUAGUCCCAUUUCAGCUUGGUUGA